UGAGCUCUUGAACUGAAGCCAGCGGACACCACCCACCGGCGCCUGCUUUCCUGGGGCGUGGGCUCCUCCCCCUGUGCAGACCGCGAGGGGCGACAGUGCGGGCGGCCAGGAGCGCAGCCAUCCGGGAGGCGGGUCAUGGCCUCGGCGCCGCCCGGGGAGCGGCUGCUUGAGGAGGCGCGGUGCCCCGUGUGCCUAGAUUUCCUGCAGGAGCCGGUCAGCGUGGACUGCGGCCACAGCUUCUGCCUCAGGUGCAUCUCCGAGUUCUGCGAGAAGUCGGACAGCGCGCAGGGCGGCGUCUACGCCUGUCCGCAGUGCCGGGGCCCCUUCCGGCCCGCGGGCUUUCGCCCCAACCGGCAGCUGGCGGGCCUGGUGGAGAGCGUGCGGCGGCUGGGGUUGGGCGCGGGGCCCGGGGCGCGGCGAUGCGCGCGGCACGGCGAGGACCUGAGCCGCUUCUGCGAGGAGGACCAGGCGGCGCUGUGCUGGGUGUGCGACGCCGGCCCCGAGCACAGGACGCACCGCACGGCGCCGCUGCAGGAGGCCGCCGGCCGCUACCAGGUAAAGCUCAAGAUGGCUCUGGAACUUGUGAGGAAAGAGUUGGAGGACGCCUUGACUCAGGAGGCCAACGUGGGAAAAAAGACUGUCAUUUGGAAGGAGAAAGUGGAAAUGCAGCGGCAGCGCUUCAGAUUGGAGUUUGAGAAGCAUCGUGGUUUUCUGGCCCAGGAGGAGCAACGGCAGCUGAGGCGGCUGGAGGCCGAGGAGCGAACGACGCUGCAGAGACUGCGGGAGAGCAAGAGCCGGCUGGUCCAGCAGAGCAAGGCCCUGAAGGAGCUGGCAGAUGAGCUGCAGGAGAGGUGCCAGCGCCCGGCCCUGGGUCUGCUGGAGGGUGUGAGAGGAGUCCUGAGCAGAAGUAAGGCUGUCGCAAGGCUGGAAGCAGAGAACAUCCCCAUGGAACUGAAGACAGCAUGCUGCAUCCCUGGGAGGAGGGAGCUGCUGAGGAAGUUCCAAGUGUCACUCUUAUUUGAAAUCAUGGAAAAUGGGAGCUAUACCUCUUAUUUCAUUCUCCUAGGACUCUUUAACCACACCACAGCCCACUAAGUCCUCUUCAUGAUCGUUCUGAGUAUCGUUUUGACCUCCCUGUUUGGCAAUGCCCUCAUGAUUCUCCUGAUUCACCGGGACCAGAGGCUCCACACGCCCAUGUACUUCCUCCUGAGCCAACUCUCCCUCAUGGACAUGAUGCUGGUUUCCACCACUGUGCCCAAAAUGGCGGCUGAUUACUUGACCGGAAAUAAGGCCAUCUCCCGCGCUGGCUGUGGUGUGCAGAUCUUCUUCCUCCUCACACUGGGUGGUGGAGAGUGCUUCCUCUUAGCAGCCAUGGCCUAUGACCGCUAUGUGGCUGUCUGCCACCCACUCCGAUAUCCCACUCUCAUGAGCUGGCAGCUGUGCCUGAGGAUGACCAUGUUGUCUUGGCUCCUGGGUGCAGCUGACGGGCUCAUGCAGGCUGUUGCUACCCUGAGCUUCCCAUAUUGCGGUGCACACGAGAUCGAUCACUUCUUCUGCGAGGCCCCCGUGCUGGUGCGUUUGGCUUGUGCUGACACUUCAGUCUUCGAAAAUGCCGUGUACAUCUGCUGUGUGUUAAUGCUCCUGGUCCCCUUGUCCCUCAUCCUGUCCUCCUAUGGUCUCAUCCUCGCUGCUGUUCUCCACAUGCGCUCUACAGAAGCAUGCAAGAAGGCCUUUGCCACCUGCUCUUCACAUUUGGCUGUGGUGGGACUCUUUUAUGGAGCUUGCAUUUUUACCUAUAUGAGACCCAAAUCCCACAGGUCCACUAACCACGACAAGGUUGUGUCAGCCUUCUAUACUAUGUUCACCCCUUUACUCAACCCCCUCAUCUACAGUGUGAGGAACAGUGAGGUCAAGGAAGCCCUGACAAGGUGUAUGGGUCGGUGUGUGGCCUUAAAUCUUGAAUAAGAGUAUAUAUAUUUGCCCCAACAUUCAAAACUGUGCAAAGUGUUUGUGUGGAAUUUCCUAGAGAUAAGGAAUAUACACUUUUAUAUCUACAUCUGUUCUGUCUCUCUCUCUCCCUCUCUGUCUCUUUCUGUGUGUGUGUGUGUGUGUGUGUGUAUGUGUGUGUGUGUGUGUGGUGUGUAUGUGUUGCUUUGAAUUGCAGAUGAAUCUUCAUUCCUUGGGUUCAUUUACUCAGCUGUCAUUAUCCAAUCAAAUCGUGGAUUGUUAAAAAUCGGUGAAAUCACUAAUUUUUAGUAAAAUGGUUUUACAUCAUACCUCACAAUAAUUUUGAAGGUUAAUUGUUGCCAUUUG